UCCGAUUGACACUGCAAGCAAACCGUACUGGUACGGUCGCUGUUUUGUUGACUAGUUGUGCUUAUAGUCAUGGCUGGAUCUCAAUGUUGGUCUUUCAAGACAGAUUGUUUCGAUGCAAAGAAUUGUAGUUUUGAUUACUGCCGUCUUGAAGAAUAUCAGGCUGGAGGCCAGAGGUCUAAAGGCUUGGACAUGACUGACGGCAAAGAUAUCACUACUUUGAUUGUCGUGUUCGGUGCCUCGGGAGACCUCGCAAAGAAAAAGAUCUAUCCCACUCUUUGGUAUCUUUAUAGGGACAAUCUUCUUCCCAAGGCGACUUUUGUUGUUGGCUAUGCCAGAUCUGCUCUUACAGUUGCACAGUUACGUGCUAAAACUGAACCAUUUAUGAAUAUCAAGGAUGAAGAGAAAGCAAAGGCAGAAGAAUUUUUCAAAAUAUGUUCAUAUGUAAAGGGUUCCUAUAAUGAAAAGUCUGCAUAUCUUGCAUUGAAUACAGAACUUGAUAAAAUCGGUGUCAAAAAUAUGCAGAAUCGGUUAUUCUACUUGGCUCUUCCACCCUCUGUCUUUGUUGAUGCUACCCAGAACAUUAAAGAUUUCUUGACAGCAAAUAAAGGUUGGAGUCGUGUAGUAGUAGAAAAACCUUUUGGCAAAGACAGUGACAGCUCAGCACAGCUUUCAAACCACCUCUCUGGGCUGUUCCAAGAGAAAUCUCUGUACCGUAUUGAUCAUUACCUGGGAAAAGAAAUGGUGCAGAAUAUUAUGGUUCUGAGAUUUGGUAAUCGUAUAUUUGGUCCAAUAUGGAACAGGGAUAGCAUUAAGAGUAUUACCAUUGGCUUUAAGGAGCCAGUGGGAACGUAUGGAAGAGGUGGAUACUUUGAUGAGUUUGGUAUUAUAAGAGAUGUGAUGCAGAAUCAUCUGCUCCAAGUUCUGGCUUUAAUUGCCAUAGAAAAGCCAGCUAGCAUUCAUUCAGAAGAUCUUAGAAAUGAGAAAGUCAAGGUUCUUAAAUGUAUGGACCCAGUCAAGCUCUCUGACACAGUUCUUGGCCAGUAUGUUGGGAAUCCUGACAUGGAGGGAGACGCCAAGCAUGGUUACACUGAUGAUCCGACAGUUCCUGCAGGGUCCAUCACUCCAACAUUUGCUACGUGUGUUUUCUACAUUCGCAAUGAGCGCUGGGAUGGUGUUCCAUUCAUUUUGAAGUGUGGAAAAGCCUUGAAUGAAAAGAAGGCGGAAGUGCGCAUCCAGUUCAAUGAUGUUCCUGGUGACAUCUUCAGUGGAAAAUGCAAAAGAAAUGAGUUGGUCAUAAGACUACAGCCAAAUGAGGCUAUUUACUUGAAAUGCAUGAUCAAAGAAGCAGGCAUGUCUUUUCAGCCAGUUGAAUCAGAACUGGAUCUCUCUUACUCUUAUAGAUACCAGGAUGUUAAGAUGCCAGAUGCGUAUGAAAGAUUAAUCAUAGAUGUGUUGGCAGGAAGUCAGGGCAACUUUGUCAGAAGUGACGAACUUGCAGAAGCAUGGAGAAUUUUUACACCUCUUCUUCACCAAAUUGAAAGAGAAAAAAUAAAACCCAUUCCUUACAAGUUUGGAAGUCGUGGUCCAGCAGAGUCUGACGAACUUGUAAAGAAACAUGGUUUCAUAUACAGUGAUACAUACCAAUGGGAGAAGCGACAAACUACAAAAUAGUGACAUGGAAGGCAACUUGUGAAAAUGUACUUGAACCAUGUUUUACCCAAAUCAGUUAAAAAAGAUUGUUAUUUAUGUGACUUACACCUAAUUAAAUAGGUUCUAAAUUAGGUUAAAUAGGCUAAACUAGGUUUUUAUUUUUGUCAUGACAAGGGCCUUAACUUCUGGUAUUCGUGUUCUCUGAUUGGCUGUUUUUUAGUUUGAAUUUUGUAAGUACCUCUACUAAGUGAGUACUGUUUUCUUGGUGACAAAUUUCAACCAAGAUCAAAGGAUCAUCUAAAAGAGCACAGUGUUUUCUAGAAGUCCCGCGAACUGUCACUCAGUGAAAUUAAUAAAACUGUCAAAAGCUAAAGGUUGUAAUCUUCACAAUGACAUAUUGACUCCUCCAAAAAUAUACACAAAUUAGGUAGAAGAAAUUGAAUAUGAUUUACAGUAAUUGAUCAAAAUCCACACUCGACAUAAGCAACAAUGUGCAGACAAAUGCCUCUGGCCCACCAUAGGAAACUGAAGUUGCAACAAGUCUGCUUCAUAUGCUACACAUACUGUAUACUUGUGUUGUGAGUUAAAAGUCAAUUAGGCAAAACGUGCAAAUGUAGAAUGAAAUACAAGGUUGUUUUUUUUUUUAGAAAACGAUUUUUAUUUAAGAAAUUAAAAGCACAUUAAAAUAAUUGUGUACAUUCAACCACAUAAAUCCCAGUUGCUAUAAUUAUAUAAUUUUACAUGAUUGUAUUUAUUACUUAGUCCUAAAAUAUUCACAUUCAAUAAAUGAAUGCCCUAUAGAAAAUG